AUGGAGACCCUGCAACCGUAUCCAUCAUAUGGUCUUUCUAAGUGCUCGCUCACUGUGACUCUUGCUCGCUACGAUCGUUCUGUCUGUCUGUCUGUCUGUCUGUCUAUCUAUCUAUCUAUCUAUCUAUCUGUUACCUUCAACCUCUGUUGCUCUAUCUCGGGCGCAUCCAGGGAGGUAGGCUUGCAUAGAAGCGUCGUUCAACCGCGUGUGGACGAUCGUGUUGAACCAGCACGAGCAAGCGGACCGUUCCGGCGCGCAAGUUUUGUCGUCGGUACACAAACCGUCCACCGUCGUCCCUCGCGGAGGACGAAUCGAGUCGGUCGAGGGCUUAGUCUCAAUAGAUCGCAGUGUGGUGGCUGCUCUACUAAGUACGACACCCCGAGCCUGAAGUCAAGUGGUCUACGAGCGAUCCCUCGUCUCACGCUCCACGGGGGGUUCGAAAUUCGACGGCGACGGCAAAAUCCCGCCUGUCGCGGAUGUCAAAUCGGGUGGCCCGUUCGCGGACGCCGCCGCGUGCGAGGCGACAACAGCCGAAGUAGCGGACGCGCACGGCGACGACGAGCGCCACCGACGCGGACCACGACGACCGCGACCGCCCCUAGCGACGACGACGCCCGCUAUGGCAGGCUCCAGCGGAACGAAAAGAGACGCCUUUCAGGCUUUCAGCCGUUAUCGCGCGGAGGCAGCGUGGCACCGCCGCUCGUUCGAGCGAGCACGCGAACCGUUGCUCCGAUCCCGCGGUUCCUCUGUACUGGACGGAUAGCCGUGGCCACGGCCGACGUAACACACGUGCCGAUCGGAAGAGCCGACAUCGAAGGAUCAAAAGCGACGUCGCUACGAACGCUUGGCCGCCACAAGCCAGUUAUCCCUGUGGUAACUUUUCUGACACCUCUAGCUUCAAAUUCCGAAGCUCUCCGCUCGAAAGGAUCGAUAGGCCACGCUUUCACGAUGUGCCGCCCCAGCCAAACUCCCCGCCCGGAACGGUCCCCGGCUAAGGGUCGAGCGCGGGCCCCAAUCGGGGAGCCCGCGCCCUUGGCGCUAGCAAGAGGGCUGCCGAGCGACCCGUCCCCUUUUCACCGGGUGAGCGAGGAAACGACGGAAGUGGCGGUAUUUCAGGUUCGACGACACCGAACGACGCCGGUCACGGCGAAGGCCGGAAAACCGGGACGAACGAAACGCCGGCCCACCGAGGAGGCGGAGGCCCCGCCCGACGGAGAAGAAAACGGAAGCGGGAGGCGGAGAGUGAACGACGACGACGACGACGAGAGGCGAACCCCCCACCGCCGGCCACCGCAAACCCCGUCCCCGCGACCGCAUCCGCUACCGCCGAACGAAACCGACCUCCACGGCAACCGACGGCCGCCGCCCGGCCCCGAUCGACGCGCUCCCGACGCCGACAAAGGCGUAUAUGCUACACCUCCCGUGUCUCCUCACAGAGUCGGACUAGAGUCAAGCUCAACAGGGUCUUCUUUCCCCGCCGAUCGUUCCAAGCCCGUUCCCUUGGCUGUGUUAGGCUUAACUAGACUACUCAGAGCAGUCACGAAGCAACCUCGGCGAAGCAGCGGGGCGAGUCAACCCCUCCGCCGGAGCGCGCCAGUACGCCCGAAGCAUACGAGCAGUAUCACGGAGAACCAUUCUGGAAAUUAUCCCAAAGUGUCUCCACCGAAGCAGACCCAAUGUAUGGCAAUCCUGGUAGCUCUUUUGGGCAACCGCACCGCGCCAAUUGUACGUCAGGGCAACGACUUGGAUGGGAAUAUCGCUACCGUAACAAUCGCGGACCGCAUCGAGGAAGUGCCGCUGAUUGUAUUUCCGGAUCUUCUCGGCGUGGCAAGUGUCCAGACUACAAGCGGCGGAGUCGGGACGCACCUGCACGUCCAGGAAUAUCAACCCCUUCCCGGUACGGACCAUGAUGUCAGGCUUACGCAGGCCCUCUCAGUCUCGAAACGCGGCUCCAUAAUGACAUCCAGUUUCCGCUUUUCAUGGUUUGGGCCACGAAUAGCACAAUAUUAUUGUGUUUUUCCGUCGGAGGCCAUCGACGAGACCGCAGGCUUGGGCUACGUGGGGCAGGCUCAUGGGAGCAUUGCGGCCACAUUUACAUAUGGGAUCGAUUACCUACCACCCCGGGAGAACCGGGCUGGUGUGCCCAUACAGCCUAAGCGGACUCUGAUGGCAUCCUGGAACUCAACGCCGGCCAAGGUGGCGGGGGCAUAA